UAGUCGUGAUGAGGCUCAUUUCGCGCCAAACUUUGAGGUCAUUUGACAUUAGAAGAAAAGGAAUCGUCUGCUGAUCUCCAAGAAAAAGACACCCAAAACCCUUAGAAACGACUUGCCAAGGUCGACCAUGGAGCAGUUUGAUAUCAUCCUGAAGGGUAACGGGAAUUUGGAAGGUGCCAUUGCCAGACAGAGGUACUUCCUCACCACCGCAGACCUGGCCGACUUGAACUACUCCAUCCCCCCCUGGCACGGCUGGGGAAUGGGACGACCCACCAAGCUCUACAAGGCUCAAGACCUGGUCAAAAGGGCAGAACAGAAGUAUGGAAAGGAAGGGUUUUUGGAGAAGCUGAGCCAGAGAGAGGAACGAGAGAAAAAGAGGAAACUGAGUUAUGAGAAGAAAGAGAAGGAGCAGCAGGCCUGUGAGAGUAAGAGGCAGAAGUUGUUGGAAGCCUGUCCUGAGUGGGGCAGGCAGCAGCUGACAGACUCUGCUAGUGUGGGGGCGCUGGCUCAGAAGUGCAGCCUGGAACAACUGCAGCAGAUUCUUGUACUGGCAGCUGAGAAGAGCCCCCUGGUGAUCGAGGCGCUAAAUGCAGCAAAGGAGGAGGGACUGUUGCCCAGGAAGGACUUCAAGCAGCUUCACUCCAAACUGGCGAGGUACUUCGCUUCAGAUGCAGACGAGGCUCUGAAGAGGUCUGCGGAAAAGGCUGCCCAGGCCGCGGCCAGCCAGGCCCGGCAGACAGAGCUGAACUCUGGCAUCGAUGGGGAAUGGGAGCUGAAGGUCACCUCCAACCAUCCCAAGGUCAAGGGGAUGAAAGGUGAGCUGAAGAUCGAUGAGGUUGGCGGGCCGUACUUCGAUGACUACGAGGACUACGUCGACUUUGGGGACGGAGUCUACUUCGGCGGCCUGCAGAACUUCAAAGGGAAGAGCAGCGUGGAAGACAGGGUCAUGCAGAUAGAGACCAAGUGGAAGUUCUGUGGGAGGAGAGUAACCGGCCUGCUGCGAGUGAGAGUUGGGGAGGACGGUGACGGCAGACAGUUUGUGGAGGGGUCGUUCAAGGCCGGCGCCCAGGAGAGGAACUGGCCUGUCACACUGCAGUUCACAGGAAACAGAAAGGGGGAGCUGGAGGAAGAUUUGGAGCCGGAGGGAGAUGAGAAUGACCAGGAGGGCCUGUGUGAGUUUCUAACUGAGCUGGAAGAAGCAGGCUGAU